GUCCGGUCCGGUGGGAUCCGGUGGGAUCCGGUGGGGACGUGCUGCAGUCCCCCCCCCGCAGCCCCUCCCUCCGCGGAGGGUCCGGAGAUGGUGAGCGUUCCGCCCGCCGACCGACCGGGCCCCCGGAGCCUGGGUUGACCGCUAGCCCGCGAGGUCCCGGUGGCCCGUGGGCCGCAGGGAAGGAGCCAUGGCGGCGGACGACAAAGUGGCCAUCCUGACGGACGACGAGGAGGAGCAGAAGCGGAAGUACGUGCUGGCCGACCCCUUCCACGGGGUCUCCGGGGGCACCGGGCCGCAGGCACCCACCUUGGCGGAGGAGAACGGGGGGCCGGCGGCGGCAGCCCCGGGGCCGGGGGAGGGGGCGGCGGGGACGGAGGAGGAGGAGGAAGCGGCGGCGGCGGCGGCGGCGGACGAGGACUGGAUGGACAAGCACUGCGUCAAGGUGAACAAUGACCUGCUCGUCUCCAAGGUCUUCUACUUCUUCUUCUACUCGGCCUACGGGUCGCUGUACCCGCUGCUGCCCGUCUACUACAAGCAGCUGGGCAUGUCCCCCAGCCAGAGCGGCCUCCUGGUCGGCAUCCGCUACUUCAUCGAGUUCUGCAGUGCCCCUUUCUGGGGCGUGGUGGCCGACCGCUUCCGCAAGGGCAAGGCCGUGCUCCUCUUCUCCCUGCUCUGCUGGGUCCUCUUCAACCUGGGCAUCGGCUUCGUCCGCCCGGCCACCCUGCGCUGCGUGCCCAGGUGGCCGCCCGCGCCCCCGGCCCCCUCCAACGCCAGCCCGGCCCUGAGCCCGCCGCCCCCCGCCCGGGGCCAGAGGAGCCUCGUCGCUCCCGAGUUCUCCCUGCCCCGGGCGGCCCGGAGCGUCCAGAGCACCACGGAUCCCGUGGUCCCGCCCGUCGCCGGGGCGACGCCCGGGGCCGGAAACACGACCCCGACGUCUGCGGUCACCUCGACGGCCACCACGAUGGCCAUGACGGCGACCACGACAUCCGCAGCGACCACGACGUCCGCGGCGACCCCGUCGUCCGCGGCGACCGCCUUGGCCACCUCCAAGGCCCCGCCGUGGGACGGCGCGAGCCUGGUGUACGACCAACAGGAGGUGGAGGCCAUCUUCCUGCUGAUCCUGCUGGUGGUCAUCAUCGGCGAGUUCUUCAGCGCGUCGUCGGUCACCAUCGUGGACACGGUCACCCUGCAGUACCUGGGCAAGCACCGCGACCGCUACGGGCUCCAGCGCAUGUGGGGCUCCCUGGGCUGGGGGCUGGCCAUGCUGGCCGUGGGCAUCGGCAUCGACCACACCCACGCCGACGUGGCCGUGGUGGGGCCGGGCUGCCGGACCCCCGAGGCCAAGAACUACCAGGUGGUCUUCAUCGUGUUCGGCGUCCUCAUGACCCUGGCCCUGGUCGUGGCCACGCAGUUCCGCUUCCGUUACGGCCCCGGCCGGGGGGCGGCGGCGGCCGGCUCGGCGGGGGCCGGGGGGCCCGCGGCCCCCCCGGGGGACGCCCCCGCGGGCGCCGGCCGACCCCGCCGGGCCUUCAGCUUCUGGGACCUGAUCAAGCUGCUGUGCAGCGUCCAGUACGGGUCGGUGCUGUUCGUGGCCUGGUUCAUGGGCUUCGGCUACGGCUUCGUCUUCACCUUCCUGUACUGGCACCUGGAGGACCUGAACGGGACCACCACCCUGUUCGGCGUCUGCUCCAUCCUCAGCCACGUCUCCGAGCUCACGGCCUACUUCUUCAGCCACAAGCUCAUCGAACUGAUCGGCCACAUCAGGGUCCUGUACGUGGGGCUGGCUUGCAACACUGCCCGUUACAUCUACAUCUCUUACCUGGAAAACGCCUGGACCGUGCUCCCCAUGGAAGUCCUGCAAGGGGUGACCCACGCGGCCAUCUGGGCGGCCUGCAUCUCCUACCUGAGCGCGGCGGUGCCCCCGGACCUGCGGACGUCGGCGCAGGGCAUCCUGCAGGGCCUCCACCUGGGCCUGGGCCGCGGCUGCGGGGCCAUGGUCGGCGGCGUCCUGGUCAACUACUUCGGGGCCGCCGCCACCUUCCGCGGGAUCGGCAUGGCCUGCCUGGUCACCCUGCUGCUCUUCGCCCUGAUCCAGUGGCUUGCGGUUCCAGAUGAGCAGGAAGACAAGAGCAGGCUGGCCGAGAGGAUCCCGGUGCCGUCCAGCCCGGUGCCCAUAGCCACCAUCGACCUGGUCCAGCAGCUGGCGGACGACGCCCCGGCCCGCCCCGACAGCCGCCUCCCGCUGAGGAAGUCCAAGCACCAGGAGGACCAGGAGGACGUCAACAAGCCCGCCUGGGGGGUCAGCCCCUCCCCCUGGGUCACCCUCCUCUACGCGCUCUGCCAGAUCCGGGAGCUGGUUCAGCAGGCCCGCGCACCCCACCCCGCCGAGGCCCGGCCGCUGCAGGGGACCAGUGAAGCCUCGACCCCCCGAGGGCCGUCCGGAGACGCCCCCCACCACCAAGACGCCACCGCCGCCACCGCCGCUCCUCCGGCCCGGCCCCCUCCCCGCGACGUGGACCCCGCCCAGACCCCCGCCGCCUCCCACUGAGACGGUGCCCACGGACUCUGCCCGCCGCGGGGCCGGCCGAGGCCUGGCGGCGCCUCGACCCUUCCAUGCGCUCCCGGGGCUUUGGUCCGGUCUGGUCCGACCCAGCCUGGCCUGAGAUCCCUCCCACCCCUGCCCCUCUGGCCUGGGGGUUGCGCGGAGGGAGUGCCCGGUGUGGGCACUGACCGGUCGCCAGGAGGGGAAAGUGCUGCCCCUUGGUGAACCUGGCUGGAAAGCACCCGGGGAAAAUGAGCCGCCUAGGGCCCUCUUUUCCCCAAAGCGGCUUCUCAGAAACUGAGGUCUAGCGAGGGUAUCUCUCUUGGCGAGGGGCACCUCGGGACCACGAGGCCGCUGUUCCUGAGGGCACUGGGCACUCCAGGGCAUCCGCAACCCCGUUCAGGCUUGGGGGCAGGCCUGGCGGACAGAGUGCGCCCCAACCUGGCCAGGGGGGAUGUCUUGGCCACCGCUGCUGCCCGGGUGGAGCCGCCCGUGCCCCCCCAUGCCACCUGCCCGCUUCCUCGGCUGCCUGCCCGCUCCCUUGGCCACCUGCUCUCUCCCUCAGCUGCCUGUGCCCCUUGCGGAUGCCCGAGUGCUCCCACGGCUGCCCAUCCCCGCCUGCCGUGCCCGCUUGCGCCUUCCCACAAGCUCCCGUGGCUGCUCGCGUCUUUCCGGGACGGUCAGUGCCAGCCAAGCCCCAACCUGUGGGAGCCGGCGUCAUGGGCCUCGGGCGGUGGGGACACGCCAUGUGCCCCCGGGGAACCACGGGGACCCAGGGAACAAAUCCCGGAACCGGUUUGCCCCCCAUACCUCUCCCCACCGGCCUCCGCAUCCUCGUCCCCGACGACGCACCCCGUCCCCCAGCCCAAGUUGGCCGCUGCUGCUCGCAGGGAGGUCGAGGCAGGCACCCUUGCGGGGCGGAGGGACCCCCGGAAUUCUGUCCUGGGCUGGGACCGCUGGGAGACCGGGAGAUUGAAGGGGCAGCAGGGGGUAGGCCAGCCUGACCUCCUGGGGUUUAUCCCACAUCCCCCCCGUCCCCAACCACUUCCCAUUUUCCACUUCAUCUCCCUCCACCUUCCCACCACCCCCUCCUACCUCCCCUCCCUCCACCGCUCCCCAUGGGCCGGGGGGCGGCAGGGCAAGAAAGUGCUUGCGAACCAAGCACCAGAGGAAAAGGCCACAAGGGACUAGAAUUUGCCACUAGUUAUUUUUGCACUUGAAAAGAAUCCUACUGUAAAGGGCCCGGGUUGGGAACCACCUUUUCACCGCGAGAGCCGAGCUGCCGGGGUGAUCCUCGGCUCGUCCGCUCGAGGGGACCAGGGGACCCCCGACUCCCCGUCGCCCAUGGGGUGGGCUGGGGGGGUCGUGCCAGCCGCCCAGGGCGUCCCGCGCUUCUCCUGGGUUCUGGGUCUACACUGCUGAUUUCUGUCUUAGAGACGCCUGCUGUUGGGGAAACGCACAGUUGUAACACGUUGGGGAAAAAAAAUAAAAGGAAACGCACAUAC